AUGAAGGAUGCUGGUCGCCAGGUCCCCAACCGCAUGUUGUGGUCCAUGUUUCUCUGCUUGACGCGGGCCCGCAUAGCGAUGUCAUACCCGCCGUGGGGUUCUGUAGCCAAUCCUAUCGAGAGGGAGUCCAUAUCGCCAGCCACCGCACCGUUGAAGCUGAUCCAUGACGACCUCCACGACGAGAACAUCAUGCUCGGUGGCCUAUCGCACAGCGAUCUGGAACAUCGGCUUGCUCCCAUUCUGAAGCCGCUCGACUUCGGCAAAGCAGCGCAGAACCCAGGCGCCGAUAUAGACUCGGCUGUCAAGAGGAACAUCCAAGAUAUCGGGAAGAUUAUGACCACCUUGGUGAUGAGGGUAUACGCCCCCUGGGCUGAGCAAGACGUCGUGGUAAACGUUCGUGACGCCCAGGGGUUGGCUGUGCCGCUCAAGGUCUACACACACCCACGUCUGGACGAAGUAUCGCACAUCUCUACGGACCUGAAGGAUCUGAUAUUUAGAUGCCAGUCCGUUGAUGCACAAGAGCGGCCAUCGCUAGAGGAGUUACUGCAGUUAUGUGGAAAUGCUGUGAACAACUCCGUAGCUCAAGACUACCGUGGUAUUCCCGGCUACAGCUCCUUCUGGGAAACGGAUGAAGCCAUUCGCGACCUCGAACAGCGAGUCCUACUCGAUGCUGACACUGUUCCGGCCACGGGGCGGCGGCGAAGUCUACCAGGGCCGCAGCCAGCAACAGUUUCACCGAACACGUGA